UAAACCCAAAACCCUAAACUGGGGAAAUCAGUGAGUGCAAGCGUGUGACCUUUUCUUCCCUCCGCGCUCUCUCUCUAAACUAAAAGCGCACGCCUCUCUCUCUCUCUCUCUCUCUCUCUCUCUCUCUCUCUGUGGGAAGUGAUAAUUCUGUUCAAUGGGGAAAGAGAAAUUGAAGCCUGUAAUCACAUCUUUCACUCCUGAUGGCGACUUCCUCGCCAUUUUAUCUCCAAAUGGAACUGUCAAAAUCUGGAAUACAGGCAAUGGAAGUUUAUUGGCAGAGUGGAAGCAAUCAGAUGACUGCCCUGUUAAUUAUUCAUGUAUAGCCUGCAGUUCUGUUGGAAAGAAGCGUAAAAAAGAACAUGGGUCGCUCUUAUUAGCUCUUGGCACAAUUGAUGGAGAUAUUUUGGCUAUUGAUGCUAUCACCAAUGACACAAAGUGGAAAUCUAGUGGAUGUCUCCCAGGUGGAGUCAUUGGUCUCUCUUUUGCGAAUAAAGGCCGCACUCUGCAUAGCGUUGGCACUAAUGGAAUGGCAUAUAAGAUGAAGUCAGAAUCUGGAGAGCUGAUAAUGGAAUUUAAAGCAUCCAAGAAGCCCAUUUCUUGUGUGGCUUUUUCUAGUGAUGAGAAUAUUUUAGCUCUAGCUAGCAAUAGGACACGGGUUCUGAGCCUGGAGAAUGGAAAAGAGCUUCUAAGGUUCCCUGAUUACUUGGGUCCAGUGCAGGAUAUUUCUGUAGCUAAUAAUGCAAAGACUAUUAUUACAUCAAGUUUUGGGGAGAAAAAUCUUUAUUUAUGGAAAUGUGAUUUGAGUUCCAAAAGUGUAAGUCGUGGUCCUGUUCUUUCCAUGCGACAUCCUCCAUUAGUCUUUGAAUGCAAGAAUAGGGGUGAAGAAAAAGAAGAUGGUUUAGUUGUCUUAGCAGUAUCAGAGGCAGGCAUAGCCUGUGUUUGGAAUUUCGAGACCAUGUCACAAGAUGAGGUUAAUCCAACAAAAAUCAAAGCAAAAGGUAACAAAACUGAAACAAACCAGCAGAAGGGUGAAAAUUCCAAGAAGAUUCGCACUUCAAUUUUGGCUGCCAGAUUACAUAAUCUAGAGGAUGAAAAACAGUUGACAGCCAUUAUUGCUUAUGGUUUAAUAGAUUCUCCACAGUUUAGCAUAGUGAACAUCAACAACUCUGGGGGGAACAUUGUUGUCAGUGCUGCAGAUAAAACUGAAAAUGCUGGAGAAAAUGGAAUUCUGCCUAGGAAAGAUCUCCAUGAUUUGGAAUCAGAAGCAACACUUGCCUCAACCCAAAAUAAAAAAACAAAGAAGAAACGAGCUGCAUCUGAUAUGAUAGGAGAUGUUGAUUCUGAUAAUUGUGAGGCUAUGGAUGGAGUCCUCGUGGAAGAUGAUAUGAAUGAGCCAACCAUGGGUGAGAAACUUGCAAGCUUAAAUUUACAAGAUAUUGAUAAACCCAAGAGACAUGAGAAACAGGAAUCACCUCCUUUGCCAAAGCCACCUAGUGCAGACUCAGUCAAUGUUGUUCUCAAGCAAGCAUUACAUGCUGAAGAUCAUGCUCUUCUACUAGAUUGCUUGUAUACCCAAGAUGAGAAGGUUGUUUGCUCUUUUUUUGUUAAGGAUGAUGGUACAGUAAGGAACAAAAGUCCACAAUAUAACAGAAUAACAGAUAAAGUUAUUGCAAAUUCAAUCUCCCAGCUUAAUCCAUCUGAUGUCCUCAAGCUUUUGCACUCUCUUCUAACCAUAAUUGAUUCAAGGGGAGCAAUCUUGGCAUGUGCCCUCCCUUGGCUAAAACGUUUACUUCUUCAACAUGCAAGUGGAAUAAUGUCCCAGGAUUCUUCUUUGCUUGCCCUGAACUCUUUAUAUCAGCUAAUUGAAUCCAGAAUCUCAACUUUCCAAUCAGCUAUUCAGCUGUCAAGUUGCUUAGACUUGCUCUAUGCAGGGGUGGUUGAUGAUGCAUCAGAAGAAAAUGAAACAGUAAUUCCAGUAAUUUAUGAAGACAAGGAUGAAAGUGAUGAACAAGAAUCUGAUGAGGCCAUGGAAACUGAUCAAGAUAGUAAAGAAGAGGAAGAAGAAGAAUUUGGUGGACUUAGUGAUCUUGAAAGAGGUGAUGACAUGAGCGAAUAAAUAUAACGUCAUCCAAGGCUAUUUUGCGUUGUUCAUGGGAACAAUAAUUAAAACGGAUUUGGAAUUUUAUGUUCUGGGGACGUUCAUCCAUGCCAGUCCUCAUGAUGAGAGUCUGCCCGACUCUAAUGGCUUUGUUACAAAAAUCAUUUUCCUGGAGAUAAGAGAACAUUUUGGAUUGGCGGCGGACUGGAUGAGUUUCAAAGAAAUGCCUUGGUUCUGCUACUUCUGAUCGUGUUAUUACUCGCUAACAUGCAAGAAGCUUGAUUUUAUCGGCUCAACCAUUUGUCAAUUUGACUUCCUUGAUAAAACGGAUUGCAGGAUUCUGAUCAUUACUACUUCACAAAGAAACCACGUUAACUGUUGUACCUUAUCUUUCUUUUUUCCCGUUAUGUAAAUGAUUUUGAGUGAUUUGCUGAGCAAAAUCUCAACCUUUCUUAGAAAUGAAAGACCCACAUUGACAUU